AGGGGGUUUAACUGAAGCCGAUUGAACGCCAUGAGAGGGAGGAGAGGUAGGCCGCCCAAGACGCUCGAUGCUUCGCCGGCCGCGGGUGGCGGCGGGCCGGCGGGCAGCCUGAGGUACCGGGCCAUCGGCACGGGAAGGGGCAGGGGAGCCGACAAGAGAGGCAAUCAUUCAUCGACCGAAGCUGGCGGCAGAGGGAGUCGGACCCCGAGAGGGGGUAAAACUGCGACUCGGGGCAAGGCCCGGUCGGCGGUGGUGCGGCAGGGCGGCAGGUCCAGCAGGCUGGCCGUCAACAAAGUGAUCUACGACGACCACGAGAGCGAGGAGGACGACGAGAGCCUGAUGUCGGAGGAGGACGAAGACGAGGAGGAGGAUGAGCGAGAGAAGGUGCAAGACGACGAGCACGAUUCGGAUUACCACCAGGCCAGCGAGGAGGAGGAAGAGGAGGAAGAGGAGGAUGAUGCGAGCUAUUGCACAGAGAGCAGUUUCAGGAGUCACAGCACUUACAGCAGUACUCCAGGAAGGAGAAAGCAGAUAAGGGUCCAUCGGGCACGAUCGCCGCUAUUUGAAGAGACGGACAUUAUUCCUCUUGAUAUUCCAAAAUGUUCUGAGGAUUUAUUGGUGCCCAGUGAACAGCUGUUGAGCAUAAUUGCUAUUUAUGAGGUGUUGAAUAAUUUUGGAACAGUUCUACGACUUUCACCUUUCCGAUUUGAAGACUUUUGCGCUGCUGUGGUUGGUCAAGAGCAGUGCACGUUAAUUGCAGAAAUGCACAUUGCUUUGUUGAAAGCAAUUUUACGGGAAGAGGAUUCCUCUAAUACCACAUUCGGUCCUGCUGACUUAAAAGAUAGCAUCAAUUCUACGUUGUAUCUUAUUGAUGGAAUGACAUGGCCAGAACUGGUGCGGACCUAUUGUGAGAGUGACCCGGAAUACCAACAUGUGCUCCCCUGUCAGGAAAAGGAUGACUACCCAUAUGGACCAAUAGAAAACAAAAUUAAAGUUCUUCAAUUUUUAGUGGAUCAGUUCCUGACAACGAACAUUGCCCGCGAGGAGUUAAUGUCUGAGGGUGUAAUACAGUAUGAUGACCACUGUCGUGUUUGUCACAAGCUUGGUGAUCUUCUUUGCUGUGAAACUUGCUCAGCGGUGUACCAUUUGGAAUGUGUGAAGCCACCACUUGAAGAGGUGCCAGAGGAUGAAUGGCAGUGUGAGAUAUGUGUGGCACACAAAGUGCUUGGGGUUUGUAAUUGCGUGCCUGAAAUCCAGAAAAAUAAACCCUAUGUUCGACAUGAGCCUAUAGGAUAUGACAGGCACAGAAGGAAAUAUUGGUUCCUGACCAGAAGGAUUAUUAUUGAGGAAGAUAAAGAAAAUGGGAAGGAUAAAAAAGUGUGGUAUUACAGCUCAAAGAUACAGCUCGCUGAACUUAUUGACUCACUGGACAAAGAGUACUGGGAGUAUGACCUCUGCAGAAUACUGGAAGAAAUGCGUGAUGAAAUUCAUCGGCAUAUGGACGUUACAGAAGACUUGACCAAUAAAGUUCGUGGCAAUAAUAAAUCUUGUUUAAGUGCAGCUAAUGAGGAAAUUUUGGAGCGGCAGAAAGCAAAAGAAGAAGCAGAGUUGGAGGAAAUUAAGCGAAACGCAGCAGAACAAGCAAAGAAAGCCAUGAGAGAGAGUAGGCAUAAUGCCCAGAUGGAGAUUGAGAAAAGCAAUGAAGCAUCAGAAGAGCAAACUGAAGAGAAGGACAAGGAUAGGGAAGAGACUGAAGAAAAUGCUCAGGAAAAAGGCACAGAAGACCCCACAUCUAGUGGAGAUAACCAUAGCUUGGGAACCUCAGAGACAUUGAAGAAUGAUGGUAGCAGCCAAAAUCCUUCUGCAGAGGAAAAUAAAGCUUCCCCUUCGAAGGAUGCUGGAGACAGUGAGCUGGCAAAUCCUGAAGCUGAGAAACUAACAGAGGAGAAGAAAUUGGCUGUCGAAUCAGAACAGCUCCCCUUGGACAGAACAGAUAAUGGUGAAAACUCUACUGACACUACGGUGACGGCCCAGAAGACUCUUCCACCUUCACUGUCCGCUGAUGCUAGUAGCAACAAUGCAGAUUUGUCCACUGAAGCAUCCACGCAAGAUGCCAGUUGCAAGAUAUCGGAGGAUUUGGAGAAUAUGGAGGGGUUCGCUCAAUCUCCAGGCAAUGAUCUGGAAGACCCAGAUUCGGCAGAACUCGGAAGUGAUAAAACAAAUGGCGAAAAUGGUGAUUCUUCUGAAACCGGUAAAGGCUCAUCCAUCCCAACCAGGAUGGUCACAAGGUUACGAAAUCCUGACAGCAAGUUGAAUCAGCUGAAGAUUGCCCAGGCUGCUGCAGCAGCACAUGAAGCUAACAGAUUCUUCAAGGAAGGCAAAGAGGUCCUGGUGGUAAAUACACAAGGCGAAAUCACUCGCUUGAACAUAAGGAAAGAUUUGCUGAUCAAAGGAUCUGUUAAUAACUUGUUUAAGUUGGGUCAAGAAGGAAAGUACCGUGUCUACCAAAAUCAAUAUAGCACUAGCACCUUGGCACUCAACAAGCAUCAACAUCGGGAGGAUCAUGAUAAACGACGACAUCUUUCACAUAAGUUCUGUAUGACCCCUGCGGGCGAGUUCAAAUGGAAUGGUGCUGUGCAUGGAUCAAAAGUACUUACAAUAUCCACUUUAAGGUUGACCAUUAUCCAACUGGAGAAUAAUAUCCCAUCUUCAUUCCUGCAUCCAAACUGGGCUUCGCAUAGAUCUAAUUGGAUAAAAGCAGUUCAGAUGUGCAGCAAACCGAGAGAAUUUGCACUAGCUCUUGCUAUCCUUGAAUGUGCAAUCAAACCUGUUGUAAUGCUUCCAGUCUGGCGAGACUCUUUGGGACAUACCAGGUUGCAUCGAUUAACAUCCGUUGAAAGAGAAGAUAAGGAAAAAUUAAAAAAACGUGAGCGAAAACAGGAGGAAGAGGAAGUUAUGCUACAAGCUACCUGGGUGAAGUAUACCUUCCCUGUAAAACAUCAGGUAUGGAAACAAAAGGGAGAAGAAUAUCGCGUGACAGGAUAUGGCGGCUGGAUGUGGAUUAGUAAGACUCAUGUCCAUCGUUUUGUGCCUCGCCUACCUGGAAAUACUAACAUUUAUUAUAGAAAGCCUAAAGGUCUACUGAAAGAAGGUUCAGAAUUGGAUAAAAAUGAAUGCUCCUCUGCAGUAAAAACAGAAACCAAAACCUCUGGCAAACACUGUUCAUCUCAAGACUCUAAGGAUCUACCAGAAAAUGACACAGUCACAGAUAAGUCUUUUGAGAUAAAAUCAGAAGAGGAAGAAAAAGUAGAAGAAAAGGAGGAAGGAAUGGAAAUUGAUGCAAGUACCGAGUCACAGCAAACUGAAAAGAAAGAAAACAUUGAAGUUGCCAGUAUCGAUUCGGAUAAGUUGAUCAAGGAGGAGCCAAUGAAUUUGGAUGAGACCAAGAAUGAAUCCAGUUCAAAAGAGGAAAAAUAUAUCUCAGCUGAUCUCAUCAAUGUGAGUGAGGGCUUUCAGCUGAGGACUUGGUAUAAAAGGAGAGUGAAAACAUCUAAAUUAGAUGGACUAUUGGAUCGGCGGGUGAAACAGUUUACAAUGGAAGAGAAGCAAAGACAAGAAAAACUGAAACAAGAAGCCUUAAAGAAGUUACCAAUAAAGGAACAGAAAAGUAUAACUGAACCACAGAAACCUGAUCAACCUGAAAGCAUUCUUCAAAGAGAGUCUGAAUCAGUGGAGCAAAGAGGGCAAGUAGGUCAGAACUCUUCAAAGAUUGCAGCUGAAAGCUCUGUAGUGUCAGAUCAAGAAACAACAGUUGGGAAAAAUCAAGUAUUGUCCCAUGAAAAAGCAUUGUUAAAGGAACCGGGCAUUAAUAAUGCAGUGUCUGUUGAAAAGGAAGCUGUUGAAAAUUCCACUGAAUCAGCGGUCACAUGUGGUGAAAUCCAGGAGCUACAUUUGAAAAGCAAGGAAAAUGGUACAGAGGUAAAAACACAGCAGUUGGAAACAAGGGCAAAUUCUGUACAUAAUAAUGUUGAUGCAAAGAAUGAGAGCUUUGGGAAGAGCUGUGAGCCAAUGGAGGGAAAAGAAAACGAUGCCAAUCUGAACACAAACACAAAUGUGGAAGUGAAUGUUGCUGAAGGCCAUGGUGAUCUGAUGGAGACAGAUGAAUGCGGUGAAGGCAACAACACUGAAAUUAAGCCAAGUAAAGAUGUAAUUGGAGCUCUGCAUGAGGAAAAAACAGAUCGAGCCAGUGAAAACAUUGGACCAAUGAAUGUUGAGGAAAAUGGUGUAAAAGAAUUCCCUGACCACAAGGAAAGCAAUAGUGUUGAAAAUAAAUGCCCUGAAAAAAUGGACACAGAAUGCUGUACAGAAAAUAAGAUCUCUGAAAUGAAAGCUUUGGAAACCAAACUGGAACAUCGGCACCCUGUUGAUCAGAUUAAUGGAAAUGUUGCAGUAGAAUCUGUUGUAAUGAAAAAAUCUGAAUUGGUCCCAUCUGAAGCACCUGAUGUUAAUAACAGAGAACCCCUUAAGGAAAAAAACAGCCCAAAGGUAAACUCUGAAAAUGAAAUAAAAUCAACAAAAGAGCCAAAUGUAAAGCUAGUUAUGAAUGGCGAUAUUACCACAGAUGACCUGGAUGAAAAAUCGAACAGAAAAGACGGAAAUGUUUUAACAGUUGCACAUGAUGGUAUUUCAGCAGAUAAGGAGGAGUAUGAUGAUGCUGUACCACAGGACAAGCCCCCCAGGAUAGAGGAUGCAAUUGAACAGCUAAAAGCACCUAGGUUACACGAAGCGGUCCCAGAAGUGAAGGCACCCAAGCUAGAUGAAACGCCUCUACAAUCAGAUGUUCCCAAGUUAGAUAAUAUUUCUGAGAUACUGAAUUCUUCGGAAGUAUCAGGACUUUCAAACCUAGCCUCAGAUAAAUUAUCGGAGUCUGAAAAUGAAGUUGGACAAGGACAUGAAAGAACUCUCUCUCCAUCCUUUGUUCCUGCAACUGACUUCACUUUGAAGAAGGACUUCAGUGAGCAGAAUGGGAUACAGUCUGAGAGUGAGGUGGGCGAUAGCAAUGGGAUUAAAACGGUUGUUACAGAAAUGACCACCACAACUACAACCGUUUCCACGGAAUCCAAGACUCUUGUUAGUGUGGCUGAAACUUCUUCACAGAGCAAUAUUCCACCGGUGCUCACUUCUGUUAAGAAUUGUGCUGUUUCUUCAACAACAACCACCACAAAAACUUUCACAAAAGUGACCUCACCAAAACUAGACAGUACAGUGGACGCCUUGACAGUAUCAGAAAAAACUGUUGUUACAACCACAGUGACUGAUUCUGUGGCCUCUCCAGAUGGAGUGUCAACAACCACCAUGACCGUAAGUAAAGAAUAUUCCACCAAGGACAGAGUUAAACUCAUGCGGUUUUGUCGACCAAAAAAGACACGGUCUGGCACAGCCCUCCCUUCGUACCGUAAAUUUAUCACCAAAAGCAGCAGGAAGAGCAUAUUCGUCCUGCCAAAUGAUGAUCUAAGGAAACUAGCCAGGCGAUCUGGGAUUCGGGAAGUUCAAGGAUUUAACUACAAUGCAAAGCCUGCUUUGGAUAUCUGGCCCUAUCCAUCUCCACGACCAACCUUUGGCAUUGCAUGGAGGUAUCGACUACAAACUGUGAAGUCCUUAGCAGGUGUCAGUCUUAUGUUGCGGUUAUUGUGGGCAUGCUUGCGAUGGGAUGACAUGGCAGUUAAACCACCAGCAGGUGUCAGCACUGCUCGUACAGAAACUACAGAAAGUGAUAUCACCACCACUGAGAUUAUCAAACGCAGAGAUGUUGGACCUUAUGGAAUCCGUUCUGAAUACUGCAUUCGGAAAAUUAUCUGUCCCAUUGGUGUACCGGAAACUCCAAAAGAAACUCCAACACCUCAGAGGAAAGGUCUUCGAUCUAGUGCUUUACGACCGAAGAAGAUUGAGGCCCCAAAACAGACUGGUCCUGUUAUAAUUGAGACCUGGGUCCCAGAAGAAGAACUGGAUUUGUGGGAAAUUCGCAGUUUUGCAGAGAGGGUGGAAAAGGAGAAGGCGCAGGCUGCUGAGCAGCAAGCAAAGGUUAGUGAGCAGAAGAAGUCCGAAGAGUUCAAGGCCCAACUCGAGGCCCAGCUUAAACAGCAGCGCUUGGCUGCUCAGCAGAAGCGUCUUGAGCAGCAAAAGUUGUCAGCCACGCCUAAUUCUGCUGCAUCUGCCUCUACGACCAACAGUACCGCUACCACUAUUGCCACUCCCCAGAAGUUAGUGGUAGGCUCCUUGGCAGGACAGGUCUCCCCAGGAACAAAAGUGGUAUUUACCACUAAAGUGGGUUCACCAACUACAGUGACAUUUCAGCCAAACAAGAAUUUUCAGCAGAGUUUCGCUACUUGGAUCAAGCAGGGCCAGAGUGGAUCAGUCACCAGCACAGUUGCUACUACAGGUACAACAAUUGCCACCGCAGGUCAGACGUUCCAGAUCACAGGGAGCCCGGUAACCAUGACGGGAAAGGUGAUAACUGCCAAGCUUCCACUCCCGGCAAACAGCAAAAUCCUCACCGUCAAUGUGCCAACCACUCAAGGAGGAGUAGUUCAGGUGCAGCAGAAAGUUUUGGGAAUCAUUCCAUCGGGCACUACUUCAAGCCAGCAAACCUUUACUUCAUUCCAACCAAGAACUGCCACAGUAACUCUGCGGCAGAAUGCACCGGGUACAACAACAUCAACUCAGCAGGUACAGGUUCUGACCACAGGAGGAACGACGCAGAUACGCCCUGGUGUUACCGUUAUAAGGACACCCUUUCAACAGACUGCAGCAAUUGGGAAGACUAUAAUACGAACACCUUUGAUGUUGCAACAAGGAAUACUCCCAGCCAGUCAAAACCAACAGAUGGUCACCCAGAUUAUUCGCGGGCAGACUGUAACAACGGUGUCGAAUGCGGGCAAUUUAGUUCAAAAUUCCACCCAGAAGAUGGUUACUGCUCCAAGCACACCAAUGCAGCCUAUCCAAAGUCGGCCUGCCAUACCACAAGGCCAACAGCCAAUCCAAAGGCCACAACAGGGACAGGUUCGAUUAACAAUGGCACAACUCACUCAACUCACGCAGGGACAGAGUGGAGGUCAGGGAUUGACUGUGGUUAUUCAAGGACAGGGGCAAACAACUGGACAGCUUCAGCUUAUCCCACAAGGAGUAUCGGUGAUUCCUGGGCCAGGGCAACAGUUGAUGCAGGCUGCCAUGCCAAGUGGAACUAUCCAGAGGUUUCUCUUCACGCCUUUGCAAACAGUAACGUCAACAGCAGCUGCAACCACAGUGGCCACUACAACUACAGUGCCACCAGCUGCACUGGAACAGAAACCGGUACAAACAAAUGCACAACAAAUACAAUCUCCAGUUCAAUCACCACCUCAGCCUCUACCAUCUUCUCCAGUUCCGACAUUAGCUGCCUCUCAACCACCAUCCUCUGCACAACCUGUCCAAACGCAACCUGCACAAGCCCAGCCUGUGGACAAGGUACAAGCUCUGCCACAAGCUCAAGUUCCUUCAGUGCCGACUGGGAAUCAGCAAACUGUACAGUCCCCACCUCAGCCCCAGUUACUGGUCCAGCAACCUCAACCCCAGAUUCAGACAAUAGUCCUUCCAUCUCCACUUCAAUCCCAAAUUACAACUCAGGCAGCAACUGAGAUGCAGACACUGCCUCAGGUUCCUCAGGGUGCGGUUCAGCAACAAAUUAAACUUCAGGUCCCUGUUCAGAUUCAGCAGCCAGCUCUGACUCCAGCCCAGCAAAUCCAAAAUGUAGUCAGUGUGCAAGCAGCCAGCGUUCAGGAGCAACUGCAACGAAUCCAGCAGAUCCGAGAUCAGCAGCAGCAGAAGAAACAGCUACAGAUAGAAGCUAAAAGAGAACAUAUGUUUCAGACAACAAACCAAAAUGAAAUUAUUCAGAAACAGGUGGUAAUGAAACAAAAUGCUGUCAUUGAGCACUUGAAGGCCAAGAGUAGAAUGAUGUCGCCUGCUGAGCGGGAAGAAAACCAGAGAAUGAUUGUAUGUAAUCAGGUCAUGAAGUACAUCCUGGAUAAGAUUGAUAAGGAAGAAAAGCAAGCAGCAAAGAAGAAAAAGCGAGAUGAAAAUGUGGAACAGAAGCGCAGUAAACAGAACGCCACCAAGCUGUCAGCCCUGUUGUUCAAACACAAAGAGCAAUUGAAGGCUGAGAUCCUGAAGAAAAGGGCAUUAUUAGACAAAGAACUUCAAAUUGAGGUGCAGGAGGAAUUGAGAAAAGACAGGAAUAAGUUGAGGAAAGAGAAAGAGAAGGCACAGGCAGCUGCUCUGCACACAGCGGCCCUCGCGACUGCAAAUGUGAUACAGACUGUUGUGAUGCAGAAACGAAAAAGGGAAGAGGAGAAGGAGCCUGCAAAAGUGAAGAAGAAGAAGAUGAUUUCUACUACCUCAAAAGAAUCCAAGAAGGACACAAAGCUUUACUGUAUCUGCAAGACACCAUAUGAUGAAUCAAAGUUCUACAUUGGCUGUGAUCUCUGUACGAAUUGGUAUCAUGGAGAAUGUGUUGGUAUCACAGAAAAAGAGGCUAAAAAAAUGGAUGAGUACAUUUGCAAUGAGUGUAAACGAGCACAGGAGGGCAGCAGCGAAGAGCUCUACUGUAUCUGUAGAACACCAUACGACGAAUCACAGUUUUACAUUGGCUGUGACCGUUGCCAGAACUGGUACCAUGGGCGCUGUGUUGGCAUAUUACAGAGUGAGGCAGAUCUCAUUGACGAGUAUGUCUGUCCACAGUGCCAGUCCACAGAAGAUGCUAUGACUGUGCUCAGCCCGCUUUCAGAGAAAGACUAUGAGGGUCUCAGACGGGUGCUACGCUCAUUACAAGCUCAUAAAAUGGCUUGGCCCUUCUUGGAACCAGUAGAUCCGAACGAUGCACCAGAUUAUUAUGGUAUCAUCAAAGAGCCAAUGGAUCUGGCUACCAUGGAAGAAAGGGUGCAUCAUCGAUUCUACAAGAAACUAACAGACUUUGUUGGUGAUAUGACCAAAAUCUUCGACAACUGCCGUUACUAUAAUCCAAGUGAUUCACCGUUUUAUCAAUGUGCAGAGGUUCUAGAAUCAUUUUUUGUACAGAAACUGAAGACUUUCAAAGCAAAUAGGUCUCAUUCCUAACAAAUUACACUCUACUGCGUAGAUUGCAGCACUCUCUAGACUUCAAACAACAAGGAACAAUAUCGUACAGAGCAUGAAUAACAGGAUCCGUAUCCAGAGAGCAGCGAGAAGUGGAACGCCACCAGGCAGAUAUACUUAGUCAGGUUCUCCUGACUGACUGACUGACUUUAACCAGCAUUGUUGUUCCAGCACCAAUCAGUUAACUGAAUUGGAUGAAGCCCCAUUUUGUUUGUUAGAAGCUCAAAGGGAGAGAUUAAAAGAAGAGGAGAAGGAAGGAAAUUAGAAAUAAAAUAAGCCACCUUUUACCAGCCCUAUCUGACUCUUGCAACCUCCUCAUUUGGCAUGGGGUAGGAGGCCUAAUGCAUCCUAUCCACUCUUGUUAUUACAAGGGGCUGGCUUCAGUUUUCCCAGCAAAAUUCAUCACCACAGUUCUUCAGUGAAGAAGCUGGCUGCAAGCUGUCUUUAAUGAAACAAACAUGUUUAAGUUUGACAGCUGUAUUUAUUUAUUACUGAGAAAAGAUGAAGCUUUCUUUUUUAGAAUCUGCUGCCCUUGUUUGUCAACUAAUUAUGUGCUUUUUUUUUUCCUAUUGAUAUAAAAAGACCUCACUUGCGGAUAAGCCGGUCUUUUUUAUGUAAUUGCUGUAGGUAACGGUGAGUGGAUUAAACUCUUGAUCCUUUCUUUCAGUGAAAGGAGUCAUUUCACGUACACAUGCACGCACGCACACAAAAUACAUAUGUACCCAGUAACACGUGAGCACAGCGAAAUGGGAUCCAACAUGAAGUUUUCUUUUGCUAACCAAUAUCUAACCGCGGGGGGGGGGGGCUCCGUCUGACCCCUGGGUGAGCAGUCGGCAGCAUUGGCAGCUUCCAGGUUAGACUGCCGCCUUGGUGAAGAUGCGGCACCAGAAAACUAUCAAUCACUCUGCAGAAAUUUGAUAGACUGAAAUAAACAGUGUGUACUGAAGAUAUCUUGUAUGUAAACAUUUUGUCAGAUGCUGAAAUUUUUUUGUUUCUUUUUUUGUAUUAAGGUUCAGAAAUAUUGAUGUAUAUGAAAACAAUAAAUGGAGGAAACCAUUAUCUCCCACAGAGAAAAUCCACAAGUGUUUCUGUAUGUGCUUACAAUGACCCAUUUGUGAGACUUUGGGCCUCUCCCAAGAAUUCUAACAAAAGAGACAAAAUUUGGAAAAGGUGCGAGGGCACUUUAAAUUUGAAAUGCUGCAUAUUGUAUGCAUUUGUAUUGAGUUUUUAAACUAGGGGGAGCUAUGGACUAACUCUCGAGUUGUGAAAUACUGCACAUUUCAUCACCACGCCACAGUAUUUCUGUACUAUUUAUUCAUAUCUACCAACUUAUUCAUUUGAGUAAUGUUGCAAAAAUUAAUCUUUCCUACCUGUAGGCAAUAGAUUGCUAUCUAUGUUUUUAACGGAUUGUGGCAACUAUGAAGAGUAAUUCUUUUGUACUUGAUAGGACAUUUCAUCCUAGACAAUAAAGUAAUGUUUUUGACAUCAA